UACUACAGCGCAACUUGCAUCAAAGGCCAUCGAUCGGCCAACUGCGCUCACAACACCCGGCCACUAUUUGAGGUGAAGCGUAAAGGUCGUCCGCAGACACAGUGCGAACGAUGCCGCCAGCGACGGAAGCGGGAUCGAUCGCAUGUCCGUUGCGACUGUCUAACGAAGCUCGAGAAU